GGUGGUGGAAGGGGUGGAAUGAAGGGAGGGAGCAAGGUUGUGGUUGAGCCUCACAGACACGAAGGGAUCUUCAUUGCCAAGGGAAAAGAAGAUGCCCUUGUUACAAAGAACAUGGUUCCUGGUGAGGCUGUUUACAACGAGAAAAGGAUUACUGUGCAGAAAGAGGAUGGUACAAAAGAUGAGUAUAGAGUUUGGAACCCUUUCCGUUCCAAGUUGGCGGCUGCCAUCCUUGGUGGGGUUGACAACAUAUGGAUUAAACCUGGGGCCCGAGUCCUCUAUCUUGGAGCUGCUUCUGGAACAACAGUCUCUCAUGUGUCUGAUGUUGUUGGACCGACAGGAGUUGUGUAUGCAGUAGAAUUCUCUCAUAGAAGUGGCCGUGACUUGGUCAACAUGGCAAAGAAGCGUACCAAUGUUAUCCCCAUUAUUGAAGAUGCUAGACAUCCAGCCAAGUACAGGAUGUUGGUUGGCAUGGUUGAUGUUAUAUUUUCCGAUGUUGCCCAGCCUGAUCAGGCAAGGAUAUUGGGGUUGAAUGCUUCAUACUUUCUCAAAUCAGGAGGCCAUUUUGUUAUUUCAAUCAAGGCUAACUGCAUAGACUCAACGGUUCCGGCAGAGUCGGUGUUUGCCAGUGAAGUGAACAAGCUGAAGGCAGAUCAAUUCAAACCCUUUGAGCAAGUGACACUUGAGCCAUUUGAACGUGAUCAUGCUUGUGUUGUUGGUGGAUACAGAGUGCCUAAGAAGAAAAAAGAUGCUGAGUAGAUUUGCUUGAAAAUUGUAUGCAUUGAUAUCAAAUUUUCCAGUCACAUUAGAUUUUCACUGUUAAUUUUGUAUUAUUGACUAAAAGAAUGUGUGCUCUUUUUGGUAGUAUUUAUGCCUUGGCAAGGUUUUGAUGAGAAUAUGCUCUGAUUUUACUCUU